AUGGGUUCAGCGCACGGAAAAAAACGGAAUCACGCGCCACUUAUUUCAUGCGCCCACUCCCUCGCGCUGGACAUUCGAGCGCCCGCGACCAACUGCCGCCAACCUCUCCGGCCGCCCCGCCCCGUGCCACCGCCGGUGAAAUUCGACCGAUGGGAGGCUGCGUCGACAUCCCCCAACCCCUCCGUCGCUGCCGCCGCCGCAAACCCUAGCGCAGGGUUGAGCUUCGGCUUCGCCGCCUGCGGUCGUCAUCCAAGCACAGGACACUGUGGAAUAGUAGAGUUGCUGCUCUCAAAAGGAAUCGAUGUGGAUUUCGAAUGUGUAUUUGGGACCCCAUUGCACGCGGCUGCUCUUCACAAGCAAGAUGACGUAGUGAAGAUUUUGUUAGAGCACCAUGCUGACCCUAAUAAGUUCUGCAAAGUUGGUGGUUAUAUACCAUUGAGCAUGGCCAUACGCCCCACACCUUCAGUUUCAUUGGAAUGCGUGAAGCUACUCAUUAAGGCUGGUGCUGCUGUGAAUUUCAUUGACUCCGCUGGUGUUGCUUGUGUGAUGGUGGCGGCGGAGUAUGGCUUACCUGGCAUCAUGAAGUGCUUAUUAGAUGCUGGUGCUAACCCCAAUGUUACAAGCAGAUUUGGUGCAACUCCAAUUGAAGUUGCUGCCCUUAAAGACAGAAGGGAAAUUGUCGAAAUGUUAUUCCCUUUGACUUCUCCUAUUCCAACGUUGCCAGAAUGGAGUAUUGAUGGUAUCAUUUCUCAUGUGAAAUCUUUUGGUUUGGAGCCGUUGGAUGAACAUCAGUAUGAAAAGAAAAAAUCUGAGCUAAAAUUGCAAGCUAUGGAUGCUUUUAAGAGAAAUGACUAUUGA